GGCUUCUUCUUGCGGGACCUCUCUAAAGCUUGCUGCAAACUUGUCCUCUUUCGUUGGCGAGCAGAAGCUGAGGGACUCGAUUCCAAGCUACUACCAGCUUUUACAUCGUGAUUGAACGAAACGCGCUUUCUACGAGCAGUUCCAGUCCCUGGCGUCAACAAAAUACUAGUAGGUUGCUUGGUAGGGGAUUGUUGCGGCUGCUUCGUGCGUGGGGGAGAUUUCAUGAUGGGUUCAGUCGCGUCAUUGGCCUUGUUCUUCUUCAAUAACUUGGCCUGCUUCUUCUCGGCAGCUGUAGCAGCUUCAGACGCGUUCGAUGUUCCGAAUAUAGCGUUCUUUAUCGCGCGAGCUGCAAAAACGGGAGCGGGUGUAUCGGGAGCCUCGAGUAAUGUGGUGUCAUCUCCGCCCGUCGCGUCGUUCUUGUCGUUUUUGCCGGUCGCACCUUGAAGGCCUUUCUUAAGGGCCCACCCCAGCAUUUUGCUCCCGGUGCACGUUCUCCCCGGAACAAUAUAUUUAUUGACGCCGGAAAUUUAUUGUUUGAUUGUGGUGUAUAUACGAC